AUGGAUAAAAAACAACAAAAAGAUAAAAUUAGAAAAUCUUCAAAAACAUUUAAACUUAGGCGACAUCAGUCACAGUCGGAAAGAAUCGCAAACAAAGCCAAGAAAGAAGCAAAAGAAGGUAAAACAUAUAAAACUGGUGUUGGACUGAAUCUCGUUAAAGAAAGCUCUACUGCAUGCCUAGUUGCAAGUAACACCACAGUUGUAGAUAUCGACAAAAUUAUCAUGAGCCUAACAACAAAAAAUCAUCAAGAAAUGACCAAAUUAGUCCCACCAUUUACAGAAAGACUACAGAAGAAAUACUACAGCUAUGACAAAGAGAAAAGAUACCAAUUUGUUUUAUUUGACGCCGAAACAACCUGUACAGGUAAACAGGCAGAGAUCUGUCGCACCGUCAGCUAUCAGUCAAAAUGGUCACACUUUCUCCUCCUACAUAAUGCCUAAAAAAUCUGUUUGCUUCUAUGCAUCAAAAGUCAACAAUCUAACUGCAGAAACCAUAAAUGGGACCAGAACAUUGUGCAAAAGGUUUAACCCAGUAAGCUCGGUCACCCUGGAAGCAGAAUUACAAUCAUUUGUAAAAUUCCUUCAAGAUGAACAAAGUUUACCUACCUGUGGUCCAAAUCCUAUCAAAAUGGACAAUCUUAUAACUGUCCUUGUUGAUCUCAAUGCCGCCAUAUUCGACGUCCCUACACUUCUCCCCAACGGUGAUGACAGUUUCGAAGAUAAACUGCAUAACAUGAACAUUUGUUUUGGAGACAGUUUACUACUUAUGAGAGCAUUGAUGCAAUCGAACGGCGAGUUCUGCCAAGCAAAUUUGGGAAGUUUUUACAAAUGUUUGUUCGACGAAGAUUUCGUUGCCCACGAUGCAUUAGAAGACGUGAUUGCAUUAUGA